GAAUUAUAAUCAAAUGUACUAAAGUAAAAAGUUAACUCCUGAGAAAUAUAAUUACUUUAAACAUACGAUGUGAUAAUAGAACUCCAAGAAUGGUAAUAUAAUGUUGCGGGGUUUAUGACAUCACCAUAGAAUUUGUAUUCUAUUUCGGUUUUUAAAAUUCUACCAUUUUAGUUCCACCAUUUCGUUUUGAACCGCCUGGGGCUGCCUUGCUUCACGGAGCAGUGAUCAUAGCAGUUGCCCCCUUGWUUCUUACGCAGAAGGAUGACUGCUUGUGAUUUGCCAGAGUUGGCCCCCCCCUCUUUGUAGGUAACUUAUUACAAGAGUUUGCGGGCGGAGUCGGUUACCAUAAGAGAUAAAUUGUGUGCUGUACAAUAGGAGAGCCGGGUACGAAACUGUCCUUUACUAUUCUGUACCGGGGGACAGUACAGAUAUCGGGUACCUAAACCCAUUAGAUAAUAUUAAUUGAAAAGGGAAAUUAAAAGACAAAAAAAGAUGUCGGCAAAUAAAGAUGGAGACGGUGGAUGGAAGAGCUUUCUGUGGAAUUCGGAAAGGAAGGAAUUUCUAGGACGCACUGGUGGCAGUUGGU